AUGGAUUCAUCAUUCUUGGAUCAUGACUCGAACAACAAUAGUAACAACAACAACACACCCUUUCACCCUUCAAGAAUUCUCAUUCCUGGUUCCAUUACUAUCAAAUCUCUUGCACCUGGAAAAGCAAGUGCCUUUCUAGAAAAGAAUACUCUUCUUCCAAGUGAUAUUCAUGGUUUUUAUGAAAUGAGUUUAUUAUUAUUAUUACCAUUCACACAUCCUGGAGCAUUGAUGAAUUGUCAAGAAAUUUGUGAUGAAUAUAACAAGUUGAAUAUGAAGAAGGAGAUGAAGGACAAGAUCACUCAAGCCAUGAAAUAUCAAAAGUGUUUCAUGGUUCUCAAUCAUCCAUCUUAUUUCAGAAAUGAAAUGUCUCAACGAAUGAAAAUGAAAUUAUUCACCGAUGGAUCGACACGACAAGCUUAUUUUAUUAUACUCCAAAAUCAUCAUCAAAAACAAGACGAAGAAGAACAGUGUAUACCCUUCACUCAACGACUUGAUCAACUACAACAAUGGAUCAAAGACAAGAUGGAAGAAUUAUUUUCUCGAUCUGAAUUAUCAUGUCAUACACAGCAACCACACAAAUCAUCAUCAUCUCCACUCUGGAAAGAAUGUUUACAACUUUUCAAAGAUUCCUCUCAAUACAUUGAUGUUCAACAUUGUGGAAGUGAAAUGAGUAUUCAACAAGUGUUUGAAAUUAGUUCAACACCCAAUAUUACCAUUACAAGUCCACCAUUUAGUAUCAUUUCACAGAGUACAUUGGAUCGUAUUUUAGAUCAAUGUAUAUUCACUUAUCAUCAAGAUCAGUACAAUCCUAUUGGACCAUCUUCACCAUUUCUAAAUUUAGUUAAAUCCUCUAAAUAUUCCAUUGAUUUUAUUGGAAUGAAUGAUUUAGAAUUCAAACAUGCCAAGUAUCUAGUCUUGCGUGAAGUGAAUAAUGUAUAUAGUGUCUUUGAUCAUCCUCAACAUGCUUUUGUUUGUAUACAACAUUUAAAGAGACAUGUGAACAUUGAAAAACACAAUCAUGUGAAUCGAAAUCAUAGUUUGGAACAAUUACGAGAAUUUCUAUCACUGGAUGUCUAUCAUUGUCCCUUCCAAGAUAUUGAUGCACACAAUCGAGAAUUGUACACGUUGAAUGUUUUUAAAAAUAGUUCAAAAAAGAAACACACACUCGUGAAUAUUCGAGAAGCACACGAAUACAAGAUUCAUAAGAAGGCUCUAAAACUUGAGAAUUCUGGCACAAGUAGUGUAGAGCAAACAAUGACGAACACCAACUUUCCAGCAACAAGCAACACGUGUCGAUUCUUAGACAAUAAUAAUACCCCCACUCCCAAUACCACCCUCACUCCCAAUACACCAACCACCCUCACUCCCAAUAGAACCUCCUCCAUAAUUAAUACUUCCCUCACUCCCAAUACUAAGAAUAAUAAUUCCUCCUCCACCGUAAUCAGCAAAACUAGUGGUGGUUUCAUUCUCUCUCAUUUCUCACUCAAAUCCAUCAUUCGAGCAUUCAAACGUGAUAUACCAGGAGGAAAGAGAGUGAAAAUAUUUGCAUCACUUGGAAAACAAGUAUUCUAUAGUUCUAAAUUUGAAAAGAUUUCACAACACUCUUCCAUGUUAAUGAAUGAUUUUAGAUUGAAGAAAAUUGGUCGAAUGAAUGAUGUGAAGACUCUCUUCUUUUCAUAUAUUGAACAUUUCAAUGAACCUAGUAGAGAAUUAUUGAACAAGUAUCGACAGAGAAUGAGUUGUAGUGAGACUAGUAAUCAUUGUGGUAGUAGUAGUAGUAGUGAGAAUAAUCAAAGUAAUGUAGAGAAUCAACAACCACCAUCAAGUCUAUUUUCACACAUUCCUCAAUUCAAUGCCAUCAUUUUUCAUGGUCAUUCACAACAAGAUGAUGUUUCAAAUAAUAGUAAUAGUAGUACUAGUGCAUUGAAUCAACUUGAUCAUGGUCAUAAUAACUCGACCAUUGAUCAUCAUGCUACCAAUUCCAUCUCAACCAUGAAUGAUCAUCAGAUGGCAUGA